GACAGCAAAAUCCUCCCAAGUGAUGACAUCACUUUACUCUCAAGAUCAAGAACAAGCCAUAAUCAUCUCCUCACUAGUCCACGUCAUCUCCGGUGACACCUCUCCCGCCACUACCAUCCCUGACCUUUUCCAGCGCCAACUUUGCUCGACAUGCGGCAUUGGUGGUUGUUUAGGUUGUGAUUUGUUCCCCAAUACUACUACUUCUGCUACUAGUAAUACUACAAGUAGUAAAACGAGAGCAGCUACUGAUGAUCAAAAGCAGCAGAAGAAGAAAAGAAGGGAGAAGAAGAACAAGUAUAGAGGUGUGAGGCAGAGGCCGUGGGGGAAAUGGGUGGCAGAGAUACGUGACCCUUGGCAAGCUGUGCGUAAAUGGCUGGGGACCUUCAACACAGCCGAAGACGGUCGGGCUUAUGACUUGGCUGCUAUUCAGCUUCGUGGUCCCAGAGCUAAGCUCAAUUUUUCUUUUCCUGAUCAGCAAGAUGGAAAUGGGGUUCAUGAUCACACUGCAAGUGCUAGUGGUGCUAUUAGUGAAGAACAGUCACAAUAUCAGUAUUCAGUAUGAGCAGCAAAAGAAGCAGGGAGGAGGAGGAGGAGAUGGUGGUGAGUUUCUGGGAUGAUCUUCAGGAUUUGGUGCGGUUGGAUUAAGGAGUGCUUUUAUAGGGCUCCGCACAACCAACGACGAGUUAGUGAGGAUUGCUUACGUUGGCAUAGCUUUCAUCAUGUGUGUUUGGCAAGCGUGCAUGGUAUGGUAACUUGGAGCAUGCUGCCAACGUGUUUGUAGAAACGGCGGGGUGCAGCUUAGCAGGAUAGCACAGAAUAGUUUUAAUUAUUUUUACAUAAUUUAAAAAAUAUUUAAAUCU